GGUGUGAAUUCUGGAACAAUGUGGACCUUGGCACUGUGGGUGUUCUCUCUACUCUACAAAUUCAGCCUGGCAGUUCUGCCAGCUAAGCCAGAAAACAUCUCCUGCAUCUUAUACUUUGACAAACGUAUGACUUGCACUUGGAAUCCAGAGGAAACCAAUGGCACCAGCUACACUGUGAGGAUGACAUACUCCUUUGGAAAAAGAAAUCACACUGAUUAUACCACGAAGUCUUCAUAUUCUUUCCCCCCCUCGGUAACAUUACCCCCCGAUAACUGCGAUGUUGAAGUGGAAGCUCAAAAUGGAGACGGUAAAGUCAAGUCUGAUCUCACACACUGGGAUUUAGAAGCCAUAGUGAAAACCGAACCACCUAUAAUUUUAAGUGUGAAUCCAAUUUCCAAUAAAAUGUUCCAGAUACAAUGGAAACCUCGUGAAAACCUUCAUUUGGAUUACCUAAAGUGCAUGAUUCGGUUCAGGACUAUCAACAGUACCCACUGGGUAAGAGUCAACUUCGAGGGUUAUGACCGGGUCUGCAACCUCACAGGGCUUCAGGCUUUCACAGAAUAUGUCAUAGCUCUGCAAUUCAGGACUAAUAAGUCAAGAUACUGGAGCAACUGGAGCAAAGAAGAAACUGCAACGACUAUGGAGGAAGUUCCACAUGUCCUGGACCUGUGGAGAGUCCUGGGACCAGCAGACAUGAACGGAGACAGGAAUGUGCUAUUGCUGUGGCAGAAAGCAAGAGGAGCCCCAGUCUUGGAGAGAACACUUGGCUACAACAUACAGUACUUUCCAGAAAACAGCACUAACCUCACAGAGAUAAACAACAUCACAGGCCAGCAGUUUGAACUGCUUCUGACGGGCCAGACACACUGUGUGUCUGUGACAUCUUUUAAUUCUCUUGGGAAGUCCCAAGAGGCCACACUGAGGAUCCCAGCUGUUGAUGAGGACACCUUCCAGUGCAUCCGGGCCAUGCAGGCCCACCUUGCUGAGCCCCUGCUGGUGGUCGAGUGGCAGACCUCCAAUCCCGAGGUGGACACGUGGAUGGUGGAGUGGUUUCCAGAAGAAGCAGAGUCAAAGUUCCCUGCUCUUUCCUGGGAAUCCGUGUCUCAGGUCACCAACUGGACCAUCGAGCAAGAUAAAUUGAAACCUUUCGUAUGCUAUAAUAUAUCAGUGUAUCCAGUGUUGGGACACAAAGUGGGAAAGCCAUAUUCAAUCCAAGCUUAUGCCAAGGAAAAAGCUCCCUCCAAAGGUCCUGAGACCAGGGUGGAGAAUAUCGGUCUGAAGACAGCGACAGUCAUAUGGAAAGAGAUUCCCAAGAGUCUUAGAUACGGAUUUAUCAACAAUUACACCAUAUUUUACCAAGCUGAAGGUGGAAAAGAGUUCUCCAAGACAGUCAACUCCAGUGUCCUGCAGUAUGACCUGGAGUCUCUGACACGAAGAACCUCUUACACUGUUCGGGUCAUGGCCAGCACCAGAGCUGGGGGCACCAAAGGGGCGACAAUAAACUUUAAGACUUCAUCAAUCAGUGUUUUUGAAAUCGUCCUUCUAACAUCUGUAGUCGGAGGAGGCCUGCUUCUACUUAGCAUCAAAAUGGUGACUUUUGGUCUCAAAAAGUCAAACCGCUUUACUCGUCUGUGUUGUCCUGAAGUUCCCAACCCUGCUGAAAGUAGUUUAGCCACGUGGCUCAAAGAUGAUUUCAAGGGCAAGUCAAAUCUGAAGGAUUCCAAAACCACUGGGAAUACGGAAGACAGGGCCCUAAAACCGAGUCUGGUCCCCGCCGACCUCAUUGACAAGCUGGUAGUGAGCUUUGAGAAUUUUCUGGAAGUAGUUUCCAGAGAGGAAGCUGGAAAGGGUCAGGAGAGCCUUUGGGGAGGAGAGGAGAAUGAGUACGUGGCCUCCCCGUCUAGGCCUGCCAGUCCCCCGGGGAAGAAUUUUCAGGAGCCCUCCCUUUUAACCGAGGCUGCUUCUGGAGACUCCCACAGCCGGCCUCUGGGAAUGGUGGAGGAGACAGAGUCAGAAUUCAGCAAGCGACUUCCGUCUUCCGGGCAGAGUCCGGGACAAGAGCCUCCCGGUGAGGAGCCAGCUCUGAAUCCGUACCUGAAAAAUUCAGUGACAACCAGGGAGUUUCUCGUGCAUGAAAAUUUCCCAGAGCACAACAAGGGAGAGCUCUAA